GAGUAAAACUUUUGUAGACUAACUUUUGUGUUUAUUGGAAAAAUCUCUGGUACUUGAAUAUUUUGGGGUCUCUAGUGUGUCAGAACACCCGUAUGGUCUAAAUAGAACUUGAGCUACAGAACCAUGGCUUUGAAACGCAUACACAAGGAACUGGCAGAUCUCACCAAAGAUCCUCCAACCAAUUGCAGUGCUGGACCCGUCGGAGACGACAUGUUCCACUGGCAAGCAACAAUCAUGGGCCCUCAUAACAGCCCAUACCAAAAUGGAGUAUAUUUCCUCAACAUUCACUUCCCGAGCGACUACCCAUUCAAGCCCCCAAAGGUCGCGUUUACCACAAAAGUUUACCACCCAAAUAUAAACAACAACGGCGCAAUUUGUCUGGAUAUUUUAAAGGACCAGUGGAGUCCGGCACUCACUAUAUCAAAAGUGCUCCUAUCGAUCUCUUCUCUAUUAACCGAUCCUAACCCGGAUGAUCCUCUGGUUCCCGAAAUUGCACAAUUGUAUAAGCAAAAUCGCACCUUGUACGAUUCAACUGUAAGGGAAUGGGUCCAAAAGUACGCCACUUAGUGCCCAUGUCAUUAAAUGUCACACCUGC